AUGGUCAGCAUCAUGGCUGCGGAUGCUGCAGCAGCGCGGCACCCGAUCCGCAGUGGUCCAGUCUUUUCCUUGUCCCACCUGCUCCUCCUGGUCGUUUACCUCCCCGCGUCCGUCCUCGGUUUGUUGGGUUUUCGGCCAGAAGACACGGGCGGAGAGCUGUCCGUAGAGGACGGGGUGCUGAAAGCCACCGAGGGAACUCGUUUCAUGCUGCGAGUUUACUACGCGACGAGUCAGCAGAGACUUAACAGGACGGCAGGCGGGGGCAGAGCCAAUGCAGCGCCAUGGAUCGCCUUCAUCGAAGAACCCAGUCCGGGCCGGGAGGGACAGGUCCAUCCCAAACGGAACAUGUGCAUGGACAAGAAUGCCCGGACCUCGGACAUUGAAGUUUUGGGUUCAUUCAAAUCAGCUUCCAGUCAGAACUCGGUCUUGGUGGAGCUACUGGCCAAAGACCUGCGGAGAGGUGAGAAAAUUAAGUAUUACUCUAUGUGUGCCUUUGACGGUUCCAAAUGGGAGCACUACAGGACUAGAGAUUUUUGGGUGGCUGUGGCGGAGAGGUCGUCAGAACUCGACCUCUGGCUUCAGGUCCUGGUGUCGGUUCUCCUUUUGGCGCUCUCUGCGCUUUUCAGCGGACUAAACCUCAGCCUUCUGGCAUUGGACCCUGUCGAGCUCCAAGUUCUGCAAAACAGCGGCACUGACAAGGAGCAGAAGUACGCGCGUCGAAUUGAGUCUGUCAGGAAGCACGGAAACUACGUGCUGUGCACCUUACUUUUGGGCAACGCACUGAUCAACGCGUCUCUGGCUGUUUGGAUGUGUCAGAUUCUCGGCAUGACCUGGCUGUCAACUGCCGUCUGUGCGUUUGGCAUAUUCUUCAUCGGAGAAAUUCUUCCUCACUCGGUGGCGUCCCGUCACGGCUUGGCGAUAGCCUCUAAGACUAUAUGGUUGACUCGUUUACUUAUGAUUUUGUCUUUUCCAAUCUCGUAUCCGAUCAGCAAGUUAUUGGACAUCAUUCUGCACCAAGAGAUCAGUAACUUUUACACGCGGGAAAAGUUGCUGGAGAUGCUGCGUGUGACAGAUCCGUACCAUGACUUAGUGAAAGAAGAACUUAAUAUUAUCCAAGGCGCGCUGGAACUUCGGACCAAGACCGUGGAAGACGUGUUGACGCCUUUGACAGAUUGUUUUAUGUUGUCAUCAGACGCACUGCUGGAUUUCAGUACUAUGUCUGAGAUCAUGCAAAGCGGUUACACGCGCAUCCCUGUGUAUGAGAACGACCGUUCUAACAUUGUGGACAUCCUGUUCGUUAAGGACUUGGCUUUCGUGGAUCCGGACGACUGUACGCCACUCAAAACUAUCACUCAGUUUUACAGACACCCAAUGCACUGCGUCUUCAAUGACACCAAACUUGACGCCAUGCUCGAGGAGUUCAAAAAAGGCAAAUCUCAUUUGGCCAUUGUUCAGAGAGUGAAUAAUGAAGGUGAGGGAGAUCCUUUCUACGAAGUGAUGGGAAUUGUCACGCUGGAGGACGUCAUCGAGGAGAUAAUCAAGUCUGAAAUCCUGGAUGAGACUGACCUUUACACCGACAACCGCACCAAGAGGCGUGUAUCUCACCAUGAGAGGAAGCAGCAGGAUUUCUCAAUCUUUAAGCUCUCAGAGAACGAGAUGAAGGUGAAUAUCUCCCCCCAGCUUCUCCUCGCCACACACCGCUUCCUGUCCACAGAGGUGGAGCCUUUCAAACCGACUCAGCUGUCGGAGAGGAUCCUGCUCAGGUUGAUUAAACACCCUAGCGUCGUUCAGGAGCUCAAAUUUGAUGAGAAGAACAAGCGGGCGCCCCAGCACUUCCUCUACCAGAGAAACAAACCUGCUGACUACUUCAUCCUUGUGCUGCAGGGUCGUGUGGAGGUGGAGUUCGGGAAGGAAGCUUUGCGUUUUGAAAACGGAGCAUUUGCUUACUACGGUGUACCGGCCAUAAUGCCUGGCCUCGCAGUCCAGAGAUCGCCGUCGCGCAGCAGUGGACUGGACCGUUCCGACUCUAUGCUCUACGGGGGGAGUAUGAACCAGUUAAACGGGGGUGGCAGCGCUUACCUACCUGAUUACUCAGUGCGCCAGCUUACCGACCUGCAGAUAAUCAAGAUCACUCGCAGCCAUUACCAAAAUGCCCUCACUGCGUCACGUAUGGACAGCUCUCCACAGACCCCCGAUGCCGACACCCGAACAGGGGAGGGUAACACCCCGACUCCAGACCCACCAAUCGCAGAGCACGGAGUCAUGCCCCUUCUUCCUCGAGAGUCACGCACAGGCUCUUCCCGCAUCCGCAGUCAGCAGUCCAGUGUCCCUCACAGCACCAGCCUGCUCAACGAGAAAAACCGCAUCGUCCGCAGCAAAUCAGAUGGUCAAAAGAGCCCCAGUGACUCUGUCUUCCUACGAAUGGAUGAGAUUCCUUACAUACGAGAGGAUCGCUUGGAAGGCGAUGGGAUGAAUGAUUCUGAGGUUGUUUCCAUAGAGACAGACUCCGCCCCCUUCAUCAGCACUAUAUCUCAGAGUAGCUCAGAGGACACGUUGGGGAGGAAACUACUGCUGAAACUUAGCCAUAAAAAGAGGAAGAAGUCUCGGGAUGGAGAGAGAACACCAGAGGACUCUUCAGAGAAGCCGCUCGUUAAGACUUAG